CUCCAUUCCAUUCAAAUAACAUAGCCAAUAGGAAAAUCCUCCGCCCUGAGCAAACGACUCGGCGCAGCUGAGACAGCCCCGAAGGCAGGUCUGCGCCUUCCAGCCACACUGCUGGCCUCCGAAACCCGGCGAGCCCUCAGCAGGGCAGGACAAUCUUCCUUCCUGACCUCCUCCCUUCCAGGUUGGCCCCAACCCCCGCAGCCCGUCGGUCCCCGGCCACACCCGCUUCCCUCCGGUGGCCUGGCCGCCCCCGCCGCAGUUCGCGGGAGCGUUCUUCCUGGGGCGGGCGCGGGCGCGGGCCCAGGGCGCAUGCGCACUGGCCGAAGGGCGCCUCCCUGGCUGGAUCUCGCGAAGUUACGUUAGAUUGGCCGCCGGUGACGGGUGGCCGUGCUGGGGGCGGGAGGGCUUCUGGGGUAGGAAGGGAGGUCCGCUUGGCCCGGCACGCCGCCCCAGUGCUCUGUGGGAUACUGGAAGUCUCCAGCGUCUCCUCCUGAUUCCCAGCCCUCCUCUGGCCCAUACUCUUAGAAACAGACACACACCCCCUGCCUCCCCUCUUCCCUCUCCGCCUCUUCCCUCCCCCCCUCGCGAUAAGAAGACCCGGCGGCUGAAGAGGGGAUGAAGAUGGCGGACGCGAAGCAGAAGCGGAACGAGCAGCUGAAGCGCUGGAUCGGCUCUGAGACGGAUCUCGAGCCUCCGGUAGUGAAGCGCCAGAAGACCAAGGUGAAGUUCGACGAUGGCGCCGUCUUCCUGGCUGCUUGCUCCAGCGGCGACACGGACGAAGUCCUCAAGCUGCUGCACCGCGGCGCCGACAUCAAUUACGCCAAUGUGGACGGACUUACUGCCCUGCACCAGGCUUGCAUUGAUGAUAAUGUUGAUAUGGUGAAGUUUCUGGUGGAAAAUGGAGCAAAUAUUAAUCAACCUGAUAAUGAAGGCUGGAUACCACUACACGCAGCUGCUUCCUGUGGCUAUCUUGAUAUUGCAGAAUUUUUAAUUGGUCAGGGAGCACAUGUUGGAGCUGUCAACAGUGAAGGAGACACACCUUUAGAUAUUGCGGAGGAGGAAGCAAUGGAAGAGCUACUUCAAAAUGAAGUUAAUCGGCAAGGUGUUGAUAUAGAAGCAGCUCGAAAGGAAGAAGAGCGGAUAAUGCUGAGAGAUGCAAGGCAGUGGCUGAACAGUGGUCACAUCAGUGAUGUCCGACAUGCAAAGUCUGGAGGGACAGCUCUUCAUGUUGCAGCUGCUAAAGGCUACACAGAAGUUUUAAAACUUUUAAUACAGGCAGGCUAUGAUGUUAAUAUUAAAGAUUAUGAUGGCUGGACACCUCUUCAUGCUGCAGCUCAUUGGGGUAAAGAAGAAGCAUGUCGCAUUUUAGUGGACAAUCUGUGUGAUAUGGAGAUGGUCAACAAAGUGGGCCAAACAGCCUUUGAUGUAGCAGAUGAAGACAUUUUAGGAUAUUUAGAAGAGUUGCAAAAGAAACAAAAUCUGCUCCAUAGUGAAAAGCGGGAUAAGAAAUCUCCACUAAUUGAAUCAACAGCAAAUAUAGACAAUAAUCAGUCACAGAAGACCUUUAAAAACAAAGAGACAUUGAUUAUUGAGCCAGAGAAAAAUGCAUCACGUAUUGAAUCUCUAGAACAAGAAAAGGUAGAUGAAGAAGAAGAAGGAAAGAAAGAUGAAUCUAGCUGCUCUAGUGAAGAAGAUGAGGAAGACGACUCAGAAUCGGAAGCUGAGACAGAUAAGACAAAACCUGUAGCAUCCGUAACUAAUGCCAACACUUCUAGUACACAAACAGCUCCUGUAGCUGUUACAACACCUACUGUGUCAUCAGGUCAGGCCACACCCACGUCACCUAUUAAAAAGUUUCCAACCUCAACUACAAAAGUUUCUCCGAAAGAAGAAGAGAGAAAAGAUGAGUCUCCUGCAUCUUGGAGGUUAGGACUUAGAAAGACCGGCAGUUACGGUGCACUUGCGGAGAUCACAGCAUCUAAAGAAGCUCAGAAAGAAAAAGACACUGCAGGUGUUAUGCGCUCAGCUUCCAGUCCUAGGCUUUCCUCCUCUUUGGAUAAUAAAGAAAAGGAGAAAGAUAGUAAAGGAACUAGGCUUGCCUAUGUUGCACCUACAAUACCAAGACGACUAGCCAGUACCUCUGACAUUGAAGAGAAAGAAAACAGAGACUCUUCAAGUUUGCGACCAAGUAAUUCUUACACAAGAAGAAAAUGGGAGGAUGAUCUUAAAAAAAAUAGCUCAAUUAAUGAAGGAUCAGCAUACCAUAAAAGUUGCUCCUUUGGUAGAAGACCAGAUGAUUUGAUUAGUUCUAGUGUUCCAAGCACCACAUCAACACCAACAGUUACCUCUGCAGCUGGGCUUCAGAAAAGCCUGCUUUCCAGCACAAGCACUACUACUAAGAUUACAACGGGUUCUUCCUCAGCAGGCACACAAAGCAGUACCUCAAAUCGUUUGUGGGCUGAGGAUAGUACUGAAAAAGAAAAGGACAGUGUUCCUACGGCAGUGACCAUUCCCGUUGCUCCAACUGUUGUAAAUGCUGCAGCUUCUACCGCAACCCUGACCACAACUACUGCUGGCACUGUCUCCUCCACGUCAGAGGUCAGGGAAAGACGCAGAUCAUACCUCACUCCUGUUAGGGAUGAAGAAUCUGAAUCCCAAAGAAAAGCAAGAUCUAGACAAGCAAGACAGUCUAGAAGGUCAACCCAGGGGGUGACAUUGACUGAUCUUCAAGAAGCUGAAAAAACAAUAGGAAGAAGUCGUACCGCCCGAACCAGAGAACAAGAAAAUGAAGAAAAAGAAAAAGAAGAAAAAGAAAAACAGGAUAAAGAGAAGCAAGAAGAGAAGAAGGAAUCAGAAACAUCUAGAGAAGAUGAAUAUAAACAAAAGUACUCUAGAACAUAUGAUGAGACUUAUCAGCGUUAUAGGCCAGUAUCAACUUCAAGUUCAACCACUUCGUCCUCUUCACUUUCUACUAUGAGCAGUUCACUCUAUGCUUCAAGUCAACUAAACAGGCCAAACAGUCUUGUAGGUGUAACUUCUGCUUACUCCAGAGGAUUAGCAAAAGAAAAUGAAAGAGAGGGAGAAAAAAAAGAAGAGGAAAAAGAAGGAGAAGAUAAAUCACAGCCUAAAUCAAUCAGAGAACGACGGCGACCAAGAGAGAAAAGAAGAUCUACAGGAGUUUCAUUCUGGACACAAGAUAGUGAUGAAAAUGAACAAGAACAACAAUCAGAUACAGACGAGGGAUCCAAUAAGAAAGAAACUCAGAUGGAUUCCAUUUCUAGAUAUGAAACCACUUCCUCAUCAGCUAGUGAUCGGUAUGAUUCCUUGCUGGGUCGCUCUGGAUCAUACAGUUACUUAGAAGAAAGAAAACCUUAUACUAGCAGGCUAGAAAAGGACGACUCAACUGACUUUAAAAAGCUUUAUGAACAAAUUCUAGCUGAAAAUGAAAAGCUGAAGGCACAGCUACAUGAUACAAAUAUGGAACUAACGGAUCUUAAAUUACAAUUGGAAAAGGCCACCCAGAGACAAGAAAGAUUUGCUGAUAGGUCGCUAUUGGAAAUGGAAAAAAGGGAACGAAGAGCUCUAGAAAGAAGAAUAUCUGAAAUGGAAGAAGAGCUCAAAAUGUUGCCAGACCUAAAAGCAGACAACCAGAGGCUAAAGGAUGAAAAUGGGGCCUUGAUCAGAGUUAUAAGCAAACUUUCCAAAUAAAAAAAAAAAAAGCAGCAAGUAACGGAAUUGCACAUGAUUAGUGACCCAGUGGACCAUGAUUGACAGUCACCAGAAGCCUGGGAAGAACCCUUGGAGACUGUCAUUUCUGGAUAUCCUGCCAAAUGCCCUCUUAUCUAGAAUUUUUGUUUCAUUUUGUUUAAUUUACUCGGGUUUUUGUUGGGGUUUUUUUUUUUUUUUUUUAUCAAGACCAUUGUUUCAUGUUAAUGCAGCUGCUGAGAAGAUUUUUUUUUUAAAUGACUGAGAAAACUUGUUUACAGCUCCAGCAUAUAAGGAAAGUGUUCAAGGCCAGAUAUGCCUCAGAUAUUUAACCAGUAAGCCUUAGUUGUACAUAAAUACUUUUCGUGUCAACAAAAACUUCGAGCUCUCACAGAAGACAGUUAUUCAACAUUUUUUGAUGUGCCACAGUUUCCAAUUUUUUGAUAUUUAAUUUUCUUGGCUUUACGUCUAAGUUUGGGUUUGUAUUUUUUCCUUCUAACUCUUCAUGUGGCAGAGUCUUCUAUGUUUCCACAGCGUUUUCAUUUACAGAAAAGAACACUUGCUCUUCUGCCAUUACUGUCAUGUAGUAGGCUAAUGCUGUCCUGUCUCCCACCCUGAACUGAAGUGCUCGGUGGAACAUUUGCUUUCACUGUUUGUGCAAUAUGCAUUUAUUUCUUAUAUGAAUGCUUUAAAGUCAUUUGAGAUUAGAUCUUUUAAAUCCUAUUUCCUGCCUUCAUUGGUCACUUUUUGUUUUUGUUUUUUACUAUUGUAGUAUGAGAUAUUAGAAUCUGUAAUCUUCACAUUCAUUUUAGCAGGUACUGAGUGAUGCUGUAUAUACAAAUAAGUGUAUUGUUUUGAUUUUAGACCACCACAUGGCAUGCUUGACUAUUUUCUUACUUCAAAUGUCUGUUAUUGCAAAGUAGGCUACUCCAUGAUAGUGUUAAAAACAAAAUUUGCUAACAAUGUGAUAUAAAGACUUCACAAGUUACACAUUAUGUGGAGCCCUAUCUUUACAAAAGUUUUCUACUGUAAAGUGCUUUUACUUUUAUUUUCAGUUUUCAUUUGAUAGUAUUCAACCAUAAAGUUGCAAAAGAUAAUUGCUUCACAUUUCACAUAUCUAUAUUUAUCAGAGUGCUGUCUAAAACUGUUGUGCUAGCCAAAAUAAUGCUAUGAAAUCAUUUCCAGACUUAACCCGUGAGUUAAUGUUAAAUGCACUGUUAUUGCCAUGUGAAGAGGCAUUGACUUUGAUACCACCAUCAUGUUCAGACCAUUUUAUACAUUUCAGUGGCCUUUUUUUAAGGGAAAAAAGCAAAAGCAAAACCAAGUGCGUAGUAAAGAUGGCUUUUAUUUGGACAAAUAGCUUUUAUAUUUUCAUUAAACCAUGCAAAAAAUAUUACAUCUUUCUGGCACAUAACUGUCUCCUUAACCACUGAACAGUUCAGCCAUUUGAGUAAAUUGUACAUUGUAAAGCUUAUAGUAGCUGAUUGUAUUAUUGAUUGUAUUGUAUAUUAUAUUAAAUGUGAAUUUGCACCCCUCCAUUUUAAAAGGUCAUUGUGUUCUACUGCCUAUUUUAGAUUACCUUGGGGUUGGGGCAGGGUGUUUUGGUAAGCAGGAUUUUAAGUCCUCUCUCUCUUGAUUGGUUUUAUGAAGAUAUAAGGUUAUGCUCUUACUACCAAGCUCAGGAUUCUUGAUUUUAAAGGUACAAGGAUAGUUGUGGGAAUUUUAUUUUUGGUUAUAUUUGAACUGUAUGAAUGGUGGGUCUGAAUAUUGAGAAUUGCCAUGGUCUUUUAUGGAGGUAAAAUAUACAGAUAACAGAUCAGUUUGAGUGACUGCAACAUGUUCUGGUUGCACAGCAGUUAGGCAUGCUAUGGUUUAUAUUUGUGAAGUUUGGAUGCCUGUGAAGAAUGAUUAAAUACAUGUUUCUAAUAUUUUAGUGUUUUGUAUUUAGGUUAUUUAUUCUUUGUAUCUAAAACUGAACAGCUACUGUGCUAUAUUGAUUUUAUUGGUAGUAUUGAGCAGACCUUGUUUCUGCAUGAAACUAGUUGCAAAACCCACUAUUUUGGAAAUAAAAAUGUAUUUUGACAUAUACAAAUAAAAUGAAUAAAACUAUUUUAAAUGUGUGAACUUUUAAUGAAGACAUUUUAAAUUUGUUCUGAGAUAUUUAAAUUCUGCAUGGGUAUUUUCAUUAAUUGCUUUUCUUGGAUAUCAGUUUGAAUAAUUUUUGAAGUUGUAAUAUUGUGAUAAUUUGCACAGCAUUGUACAUGCACAUCUGUAAAUGCAGUCUUAAUUGCCAUAUUUAUGCAAUCUGUGUACCAAUUUGGACAAAUGUUUAUAUAUUUUACAUAAAGCUGUCUGUAUGCAGAA